GAGUGGGAAUUGAGAUUGGCCGAGUCCUGGCAGCGGGCAGAGGGAGAGAGGUUUGUGGGAUUCGAGGCAGUGGCAUCGCACGCAGGGUUGUUGUGGGAGAGUGUCCAUGGCGGUUCGCUCGCUGUCGAUGUCGCUGUCAUCGGGCAUCGCCGGAGUGCCGUGCCAAUUAUCCAUCAGGGAAUCGGGGCUCGGAAGCGCGAGGAAGAAUGUCGCGCUGCGAAGGGAGCAGCAGCAGCAGCAGCAGCAGAGGGCGGGGUCGCUGAGCAUCAUCAGGGCGCAGGAGGACGAAGGAGGAGCUCCGGCCGCGGGCGAGGAGGAUGACUUCGAGGCCCGGCUCGCCAAAUUGCAGCGGAAGGUCACGAGCGGAAGCGGCAAGAAAGCGGAGGCCAGGAAAGCGCGCAAAGAGGGAAUGGACCCCUCGAUGAUGAGCAGCAGCAGCAGCAGCAGCAGCUCCUCGACGAAAGACCUUUUUAUUCCGCCCGUGCCUCUCAAGGACCCCGUGGCCGAUGGGCUGGUUGUGGAGUUGGGCAUGAAGCCCUACACCGAGAGGCUGAACGGCAGACUCGCCGCAUUGGGGCUGGCUGCCGUGCUGCUCGUCGAGCUCGCCACCGGCGACAGCUUUCUCCAUUACCAUGACUCCGGCACUCUGUUCGUGCAGGUAUACACCGUAGUUGGGCUAGCGGGCCUGUACGCCAAGUGGGAGAAAGAGCGCAUUAGCGUCUGGCCUAAAGAUUAGUCCUCCAUUCAUUCAUUUCACCGUUUUAUUAAAUUAGUCGUGUGUCCAUUGAGGAUUGUGUCUCUG